UGGUCCCUUGCGCUCCUCCCUGCUCUCCACUGCACGCCCCCGCCGGGGUCUGGCCUCGCCUUCUCAGCGGCGGCGGCUUCCGCCCCUCGUAGCUGCGCUGCCAGAGGAAACGGAAGAAGGCGCAAGCUAUGGAGGGGAACCGGGAUGAGGCGGAGAAAUGUGUCGAGAUCGCCCGGGAGGCCCUGAACGCCGGCAACCGCGAGAAGGCCCAGCGAUUCCUGCAGAAGGCCGAGAAGCUCUACCCACUGCCCUCGGCCCGCGCACUAUUGGAAAUAAUUAUGAAAAAUGGAAGCACGGCUGGAAAUAGCCCUCACUGCCGAAAGCCAUCAGGUAGUGGUGUUCAGAACAAGCCUAACUGCACAAAGGACAGCACAUCCAGUAGUGGUGAAAGCGGAAAAGGCUACACUAGAGACCAAGUAGAUGGAGUUCUCAGCAUAAACAAAUGUAAAAAUUACUAUGAAGUACUUGGAGUUACAAAAGAUGCUGGUGAUGAAGAUUUGAAAAAAGCAUAUAGAAAGCUUGCUUUGAAGUUUCAUCCAGACAAAAAUCAUGCACCUGGAGCAACAGAUGCUUUUAAAAAGAUUGGAAAUGCUUAUGCUGUUUUAAGCAAUCCAGAAAAACGAAAACAGUAUGACCUCACAGGCAAUGAAGAACAAGGAUGUAAUCACCAAAACAAUGGCAGAUUUAAUUUCCACAGAGGCUGUGAAGCUGAUAUAACUCCAGAAGACUUGUUUAAUAUAUUCUUCGGUGGUGGGUUUCCUCCAGGUAGUGUACAUUCAUUUUCAAAUGGACGAGCUGCUUAUAGCCAUCAACAUCAGCAUCGACACAGUGGACAUGAAAGAGAAGAAGAAAGAGGAGAUGGUGGUUUUUCUGUGUUUAUCCAGCUGAUGCCUAUUAUUGUACUGAUCCUCGUGUCACUGUUAAGCCAGCUGAUGGUCUCCAACCCUCCUUAUUCCUUAUAUCCCAGAUCUGGGUCAGGACAGACCAUUAAAAUGAAGACAGAAAACUUGGGUGUCAUUUAUUAUGUCAACAAGGACUUUAAAAAUGAAUAUAAAGGAGUGUUGUUACAAAAAGUAGAAAAGAAUGUCGAAGAAGAUUAUGUGACUAAUAUUCGAAACAAUUGCUGGAAAGAACGCCAACAAAAAACAGAUAUGCAAUAUGCAGCAAAAGUAUAUCGUGAUGAUAGACUUCGAAAGAAGGCAGAUGCGUUGAGCAUGGACAACUGUAAAGAAUUGGAGCGGCUGACCAGUAUCUACAGAGGAGAAUGAACUGGAAUUUUUGUUUACACCUUUUAGCGUACUGUUUCUUUUUUUUCUGUAAGUAAAUUUAGCUUCAUCAUGAGAGGUGAAGAAAAAGGUUUGAUAUAAAAAACUAAACUGAGUAGUUGCUCCCUGAAAUCUUGGACUGUUUAUGACCUACUGGGUCCUUUAAAUAGUAAGCAACUAAAAACUAAAAUGAAUAUUUUAGUUAUGCUUCUACAGUUGUUUUCAUGUUAAAAGCUUGUAUGAUUCCUAACUAAAAAUAUCUCAGAAAGGAUUAGCAUACCUGUAGCAAUUUCCCGUUUUAGUGAUUCUCUAUUUUUUUUUUCUUGUCCUGUAAAUAUUUUUGGAAUGAUCAUUUUGUGUACAUAAAAGUUAUUGCCUUUUUUAUUUAAAUUCUUUAAGUGUUUAGCUCCAUGAGACACUUCUGCUUAAAUUGUUGGAAUAAAUAUUAUAUGACAAUUAUGUUUUCCUUGUCAGGUGUUGGAUGUAUGGAGUUUAAACAAUGAAACUUUUUCAAAAAGAAAUGAAAAAACAAAAACUGUUUAACUUUGUAAAAUCUUUUAGUAUUAUCAGCUUAGAGGGAACUGAUAUUUUCAAUAUGCCAUUAUAUCUAAAAUAUAUAUUGAGAUAAAUGAACUGGUACAGAGUAUCAGUUUGCUAUUUAGUUUUAUGAAUUGCUAAGCCAUGCAUAGAAAUGAAAUGCUAUACUGAUAGAUUUUAAAGAAAAUAUAAGGAACUGGGUGUAUAGGUAUUAAAUCAAGAGGGUCUUCAACAAUAACUUGUAGAUAUGUCUUUUGCAAUUCCAAUAGUUAAAAGGCCCCAAACUGUUUAUUUGUAUGUCUUUGAAGGCUGCUAAAAUUUAUGAAGAAAAGGACCCACCUAAACUUUCCUGCUAUGAAAAUUUGCAAGUUCUUAGUGAUCAUUUAAGCAGGAUCAAAAAGUAAAUGGAUUCUUAUACAAAUAAAUAGUAAGAAAAAUUACUACUACAAUCAAGCUUUGUGCCUUUUAACCCUAUUGCCCACUCCUAACCACAUGAGUAGAUUUCAGCAAACUUGUUUGAUCAGAGCACGAUCUGUUUAGUCACAUGUAACAGUGAGCAAAAUAUAGCAGCAGGUAGAAUAGUCAUUUAUAGAAAGUCAUUCUUAUAAAAUUCUGAGCUAAAAUCUGUUCACCAUUGGGUAAUUCAGUUACUCCUGUAGGAAUAAGCUCCCAAAUCAGCUGGAAAUGGCAGUUUUUGGUGCCUGUAUAUUGAGAAUGAAACUUUGAUUUCUAGUCUUCUGUGUUUAACAGUUAAAAUAUUUUAAUUAUUUUGCAUCAUACUCAGUUAAUGGAACAAGUGUUUAGUAGUUUGUGUGUGUGUGUGAAUGCUAGAUAUAGUGGCAGUGUUCUUUUGAUUUAAAGAUUAUUUCUGAAUGUAGUUAAUUGAUGGCAUCUAUUGAAUAAAACUGCUAAAAUGACUAUUUUCUCCUUUAAAAAGUGUCCUCUUGUAUCCCUUUUCCCAGGUGAAUCAGUAGAAACGUCUGAUUGAAUUAAGUUAAACUAAACAAUAUAUUAUCCUAGGAAAACUGGACAUCCUAACCAGUUUUAUUCUAGAGAUGUGACCACUAUGCCACCAAGGUUUCCUUAGAAGAAACAGCAAUGCUUAAAAGAAAAUUAUAAUUUUAAAUAUUCACUUGAGACUAUAAAAUGUGUUUUUAAAAAAUAACUUAUAAUUAUCUUUGAAAGUUCAUAUGCAUUAGAAAAUUUAUAAAAAUUUUCUUCCAUUUAUUUUUUCAGUUUCAGUAGGAAGUUUACACUAUUGUUGUUGAUAGAUACUUUGUUGAUCUGAACCUACUUGUUUACUGAUUCUUUUCCCCUUAACCCUGGCUUUAAGGGGAUACACAGAGUUAACAAGUUAAGUAAAGUUAUGUAUCAUGAACUCACACACGGCUUUUAGACAAUAUUAUAUUUCAGUUGCAUUGCUGCAUCCCAUUGCAUUUCAUCAAAUGUUAGAGAAAAUGUGUUUGAUAAAAUAAAAUUCUCAAACAGCUGUGGGAAAUGACUGAUCAAAUGCCCUGUAAUUUAAGCCACAUACAAAGUAUAGAGGUAAAGAUUGGGUCCUCAAGGUCACCUAUAUCACAUUGUGGAACCCUGGUGGCCCAGUGGUUAAGAGCUCAGCUGCUAACCAAAAGGUCAGCAGUUCAAAUCCACCAGCUGCUCCUUGUAAACCCUAUGGGGCAGUUCUACUCUGUCCUAUAGAGUCGCUAUGAGUCAGAAUCGACUCGACAGCGACAAGUUUAUAUCAUGGUGUAAAGGCCCAACCAAGUGUCUUAGAAUUUUGGGUUAAUUCUACAAAGUAAGAAGCCUUUAACUAUCUUGAGAUGUAAGAUUUUCAUAUUUGCACUCUUUUAUAAUAAAAAUCCCAAGAUUUUGUUCAUCUUUUAGCUAUACGAGUUUUGCACUUUUAAUUAAUUUGUACUGUUCAUUUUAAUCACUGCCUAAAAGCCCUAAAUCUUUUGAGAAUUACUUUAUUAGCUUCUCUAACUGGUGUUUUAGAAGUUUGGCAGCAAUUAUUUUUAUUAAUGUACAUUUUCAUCCUUUUUUUACACACACAUGCAUACACACACACACAUACACACACACAAACGUUAUCGUCUUUGUGAAUGUUUAGGGAAAAAGGAAAUAACACCUUUUCUCCUCCUCUUGAUUAUUUAGUUCCCAAAUAGACGGUGCUAAUCAUUUGUAAUUUUUAGAAUUUAUUUUGAUCAAAUAUGAGAAUUUAUUUCUCGACAAUGAGAGGUUUCCAGUUAUAAUUCACCUAAUAAAUGAAAAUAAUUCAUUUUGUAGCAGACUACAUUUGAAUACUUAAGUAAGUAUUUGUUUCACAAUUAUUACAGGCUUAUUUAUGAACUGCAGGGAUCUGGUAGAGGAAAGUAAGUCCUUAGGCAUAGAUAUGCCAAUGCAUUAAAAUACUCUGUAUCUGUGUCAGCUCAGAUGUUCAUAGGAAAAGGAAUGUGGAAUGCCAGGCCUGUACUUUAACUGCACUUUUAUGCUCAUGUUUUUUCCUACCAAAUCUUCAGUUCCAUUAAUGUAUAGUUACUGAGAGAAAUGAUUAACCUCUUGAUUUUCCUUCCAAAAACUAAAAACCAAACCCAUUGCCAUUGAGUCAAUUCCGGCUCAUAGCGACCCUAUAGAACAGAGUAGAACUGCCCCAUAGAGUUUCCAGGGAGUGCCUGGUGAAUUUGAACUGUCAACCUUUUGGUUAGCAGCCAUAGCUCUUAACCACUACGCCACCAGGGUUUCUUUCCUUCAGUCUGUAAUAUUUUAAAAUGCACCUAUUAUUGAAAAAAAGACAUGUUAAUAUUACCUAAUAAUGUAUUCCUACAUAGUUUUAUAAAAUAAAUAAAUCUAUGUGAAGGCAGUGAAAUAUUUCUUGAGGUUGGGGCCUGAGGACCAAAUGAGCCAUCUUUCUAGUUAAGCAAAUAGUAUGUGAAAGAAUCUAAUGUUUUAAAAUGAGAAUAUAUAUACAUUUAUAUAGCUUCCCUAUGUGAAGCUUGGGGUCAGUACUACCUAUAUUGCUGCUAUCCAUCUUUAUACUGAGUGAGAUAAACCAAAAGGGGAUUCAUAAUUUUUUUCUUCCAUACCCGAACAGAAAAACUUCUGAAAAUGAAAAAUCAGCCUAAGUCUUCAUUUUCUCUAAGUAACUGAAAAACCUUGCUGUUAGCUAAGUUAAGGAGCCCUGGUGGAGCAGUGGUUGAGUGCUCAGCUGCUAACUGAAAGGUUGGCGAUUCAAACCCAACAGCCAGCCAGACAGCCUUGGUUUUUUUGUUUAUUGGCCAAGUUUGGCUACUGGCUAGUUAAAAUCCAUAAAAUUCUCUACAAAACAAAAAGAGUAGUCUUGCAAUAAAGCCAGUUGCUGUCGUGACUCAUAGUGACCCUAUAGGACAGAGUAGAACUGCCCCAUAGGGUUUCCAAGGCUGUAAUCUAUGGAAGCAGACUGCCACAUAUUUCUCCUGCGGAGCCACGGUGGGUUCAAACCACUGACCUCUUGAUUAGCAGCCAAGCACUUAAACCAUUGCUCCACCAAGGCUUCCAAACAUUUUUUUAUUCUAAUUUUUAAUUACAAAGAAAAAGUGGAUAGAAUGAGGUUGUUCAAGUAAUUCUUGCACAUCCCUUUAAUAAUCCAACAGGUGACACAGUCCUAGGAUUCAGGCUUCCUUUUUGGUUUCAUGACUAUUAAAUAGAUAUUUUCAUAUAAGUGGAAACAUACUUCUUAUAUUAAGGAUUAUGUAACCACAUUUUUUGUAAAUUCCUUGUGUGUAACUAUAUCCUGUUAGUAGGAAAUUGCUUUUUGUUUAAUUUGAUUAUCUGCUGGUGUUGGGGCCAAUAGAUUUGUGAAUACUCUGUGGAUGUGUCCAUGUAUAGGUGUGUAUAUAUAUAUGUAUUUUUUUUUCAAGCUAAUACCUCAAAUGUGUGAUUGUUUAAUAUAUAUCAUACUAUGUUUGCACAGGGCAGGGCUUCCAUUAGCAGUGGAUAUACUUAUUUCUGACUUUGAAAAAUCAGUCCACAGAAUUUCAUUGGUAUGAAUUCUUUUGUAUUUUAGUAUAGGCAUUCCUAUUAUAAGGCCCAUACUUCAAAGAUAAUUGGACCUUCCAGUAUUUGGCAAUCUGGAAAUAUGUAGGGGUAAGAAGUGUUUCUUUCGAUGUCUUAGUUUAAUAAGUUAUUAAAAACUGUGAUUACUUGUUUCCAAGAGGUCUAGUAACAGCAUAGCAUAUGACACCUGACAUGAAUGUGAACUAGUGUCAUUUACUUCAGCACAAGAGUUGGGACAUUCCAGUCUGAUAUUCUACUUUGCCAUUUUAGAGCACCAUUAAAAUAAUACAGAUUUUCAAUGGUAUUGGCAUAUUUUAAUCAUCAGUUUCCAAAUGAAUUGAUUUUGAGUCGGAUGACGAUGCCAAUGAGAAGGAAGAAACUCACACCUAGAUGAUAUUUUGUAAUUUAUUUAUAUUAAGAAAUGCUUCUUACCUAAUUUUGCUUUUUGGUUUGUUUUUGACUUUUGGAUUGCAACGUGAACAUUUCUUUCCAUUUAAACUUUAAUUUGUUUUGAGAAUCUGCAGAUGCAAUUUUAAUGGAAGCCUUGUACAAGUUAAAUGAAGUGAAACCAGUAAAGAUCUUACUUUAUUUGUCUAUAGUGCAUUCAAGAUUAUACAAUUAGGUUUAAAAAUGAAAUGUCUGAUUUGUAAUAUAUUUAAUGUUAUAUCAGACUUAUAUAAAAAUAAAAUUUUCUGUGUGAGAACUUAAAGAAAAUGGCAUUUGAUUUUUAAUGAGUGUUCUGCUGAAUGAUUUAUGAUGAAUUUUUGUCUUUCGGUCUGUAGUUUAUCUCAAUAUAUAAAUAAAAAAAUCUGUUCUCACUGUAAAAGACUUAACUUUUUAUCAUGUUUUAUACUCAUAAUAUGUCCUUACUUUAUUCAUUCAACCGUUCAACGAAUCGAUGGAUGCCUGCUAGAUCCCAUGCAGUGAGCCAAGUGCUGGGCAUUUAUCACUGAACAAGACAAAAAUCCUUCUGAAGUUUAUAUCUGGCAAGGAAAAUAAAUGUCAAAUAAGUAAGUUAUGAUAAUUAUGAUGAGUGCUACAAAGAAAAUUACAAGCUACAAUGAGAACCUACAUCUGAAAGACCUAAACUGCUCUCGGAAGGUUGGGGAAGGUUUCUCUGAAAAAGUGAACUUAAGCUUAAACCCAAAAGAUAAGUAAGAGUGAGGUGAAUGCUAAAAAAAUAUUUCACACAGAGUAUGCCAAGUUGCUAAGCUCGUAGGACCCUUAAGGGACUAAAAACAAACUUGUGUGAUUGUGGCGUAAGGAAGCCGGGUAGGCGACAGAAUUCAAAUUAGGAUGGGAGCCAGGUCUCAUAAGACCAUUUAGAGCAUGAUGAUGCUACUGCAUUUUAUACGAAGUCAAUGGAAAACCUUUGAUAUUUUUAAUUUGGGAGUUACAUGAUCAGAUUUGGGUUUUUAGAGUAUUACUUUGGUUGCUGUGUGAAGACUGAAGGGAAAAAGUAAAUGUAAGAAGGAUAGGAGUUUAUUUUUUUCAUUUUGUUAUGCUUUAGAUGAAGGCUUACAGAGCAAAUUAGUUUCUUGUUAAACAAUAAUGCACAUAUUGUUUUGUGACAGAAUAGGAGGUUAUUGUUAAGGGAAAGAUGAUCAUGGCUCAGACCAGAGUGGGAAUAUAGAUAAAUGAAUGAUGUUAAGAGAGAUUCAAGAGGUAAAAUCAAGAAAACUCUUUGAUUGAUUCUAUUUGGGAUGAGUGAAGGGUGCAGUUAAAAACAAGGCUAAAAUUCUCUAAAAAUUUGGGUAUGAAAGGGAGUAGAGAAAAAGGGUGGUGGCUUGAAGAUGAUAUGGUUCUAAGAGAACUUUAAUUUUUUUAGUUAUGAUUUAUUACAUGAGAGACCUCACCCCAUUUUUAGUUUCUGAUAGGCAAGGGUAUGUAGAAAGUGAAAGCAGAGAAAAAGAGAAUGUAUGGCAUUCUCUUGGCAAAGGUGGAAGAAUUGGCUUUCACUAAAAGAGAGACACCCUCUGCUUUCUUACAGAAAGGAAAGCACAGAGGAUGGGUGCAGAUGCACGUAGAUUUGUAGUGUUGGUGGCAAGAUAUUAUGGCUUCCAUUUUCCUGAUAAAAUAGGCAAUUUGUCUAUAUAGAGUGGGGAAAGGAAAUGAUAGGCAGAGGCUUAGAAAGAAUGAAGAUUUAAAGGAUUUGUUUUCGUUGAGUCAGCUGACUAGUAAAAAAAGUAGGAUUUCAACAGAUCCCAAGGUUGUGAUAGAAUUUACAAUCUGUAUAAUAUUUCUCCAGCCUGACCCAGCAGCCUAGGUGUAGGCAUGGAGAAUAUAACUCAUAUAGUUAUCCAAAUUUGGGGUUCUGUCAAGCAGAUAUAAUAAAGUAAACUGGGUCGAGGAAUUUGAGAUGUUGGCAAGUGAAUGAUCCCCCUGAUUGUCUGUGGGAAGUAGGCCAAUGAUUGGAGCAAGUAAAGGUAGGUGGAGGCUAAUGGACAAAGUGAGAGUAGUUAGAUCAAUGGACUUUUAAGUUUGAAGAACUAUUGUGGGAGCUGUCAAGUUAGGAAAUUGAAUACAGGGAAUGUUUAAAUUACCGAUUUCUGAAGUGAAAGUCUAAAUCUAGGGUAUGAUGAUAGUGGGUGAUAGAAUAGAAGAGACUCUUAUUACCUAUGACCUUAUAAUUGUGUUCUCAAUGGGCCAAAUCCCUAAUCAUAGCCAGAAUCAGCUUUAGCAAGGCAUUUUUCAAUGUGGCCUGUCUAAAUGAUAAAAUAAUUUGCUUUUUUGUAUAUUGGAGAAUCAGUUAGACUCCCCUCCCCAUAUGAGUUUGAAUACCAGCUAGAAUUUUCACAGGACAGUAGAGGCAGCCUAAACUCUGAUUUUCUAAGCAUCCCACAUCCCUCAGCUUAGUUUACCUAUUUCAUUUUAGUCUCAGAAGACAAUUUUUGUAAUGUUUACUGUUACCACAAAGACCUACCUUUGUACCAGCAAAAAAAUGGAAAUAGCAGUCGUUAGGAUUUUAUUUUGAGAAACUGAUAUACUCACUUUUGGAAGAGUAUGCAGUCAUUAAAAGAGUAUUCAGUUUCCUCUAAGAGUAGUGAAACUGAUUAAGUUAAAAUGUUGGAAAACAAAAUGGUUCUAUCUCACUAAAAUACAAAAAACUAAACCUAUUGCCGUUGAGUCAAUUCCAACUCAUACCGACCCUGUAAGACACAAUAGAGCUGCCUCAUAGGUUUUCUAAGGCUGUAAUCUCUGCGUAAGCUGACUGCUAUAUCUUUCUCCCAUUGAGUGACUGAUGGGUUUGAACGACCAGCCUUUCAGUGCCCAACCAAGAGCUUUAACCACUGAGCCACCAGGGCUUCCUUCUAUCUCAUUAUACAUUUAAUAUUUAUCUUUUAAUCUUUUAAAAUGUCUAUUUAGGAUCUUUUAUACUGUACAUAAUAUAUUAAUAUAGUAGUAUAUGUAUAUAUCCACCACUCUUCUGUCAGUUUAUUGUAUGGUGGUAGCUUACAUGAUGCUCAGAGCUAUGCCACCAGUAUUUCAAAUACCAGCAGGGUCACCCAUGGUGGACAGGUUUCAGUGGUGCUUCCAGACUAAAACAGACGAGGAAGAAGGACCUGGUUAUCUGCUUCUAAAAAAAAAAAAAAAAAAUUGGCCCGUGAAAAACAUACAAAAAAUAGAACAUUGGCUGAUACAGUGCCAGAAGAUGAGCCCCUCGGGUUGGAAUGCACUCAAAAUAUGACGGGGAAGAGCUGCCUUCUCAACGUAGAGUCAACCUUAAUGAUGUGGAUGGAGUCAAGCUUUUGGGACCUUCAUUGGCUAUGUGGCAUGACUCACAAUGAGAAAAAACAGCUGAAAAAAUCUGGUAAUAAUUGAAAUGUGCAGUGUAAAAGUAUGAAUGGAGGAAAAUUAGAAAUCAUAAAUAAAAUGGAAUGCUUGAAGAUCAAUAUCCUAGGCAUUAGUGAGCUGAAAUGGACCGGUAUUGGCCAUUUUGAAUUGACAGUCAUAUGGUCUACUAUGCCAGGAAUGACAAAUUGAAGAGGAAUGUCAUUGUAUUAAUCAUCAAAAAGAACAUUUCAAGAUCUAUCCUUAAGUACAAUACUGUCAGUGAUAAUAUAACACCCAUACGCCUAAAAGGAAGACCACUUAAUACUACUAUUAUUCAAAUUUACACACCAACCACUAAUGCCAAAAAUGAGGAAACUGAAUAUUUUUACCGACUUCUGCAGUCUGAAAUUGAUCAAAGAUGCAAUCAAGAUGUUUUGAUAAUUACUGGUGAUUGGAAAGUUGGAAACAACAAAGAUUCAAAGUUGGAAAAUAGGGCUUGGUGACAGAAACAGCACUGGAGAUCAAAUGAUAGAAUUUUGUAAGACCAAUGACUUAUUCAUUGGAAAUACCUUUUUUCAACAGCAUAAAGGGCAACUAUCACGUGGACCUUGCUGGAAGGAAUACAGAGGAAUCAAAUUGACUUUGCAAAGAGACGAUGGAGAAGCUCGAUUGAUAUCAUCAGUCUGAACAAAGCCAAGGGCCGACUUCAAAAUAGACCAUCAAUUGCUCAUAUGCAAGUUCAAGUUGAAGCUGAAGAAAAUUAAAACAAGUCCAUGAGAGCCAAAGUAUGACCUUGAGUAUAUCACACCUGAAUUGAGAGACCAUCUCAAUAGAUUUGACACAUUGAGCAAUAAUGACCAAAGACCAGACAAGUUGUGAGAUGACAUCAAGGACAUGAUACAUAAAGAAAGCAAAAGGUCAUUAAAAAGAUAGGAAAGAAAGAAAAGACCAAAAAGGAUGUCAGAUAAGACUCUAAAACUUGCUCUUGAAUGUAGAGUAGCUAAAAUGAGGGGGGAAAUGAUCACAUAAAAGAGCUGAACAAAAGAUUUCAAAGGGUGGCUCAAGAAGAAUAUGCAAAGACCUGGGGUUAGAAAACCAAAAGGGAAAAACAUGCUCGGCAUUUCUCAAGCUGAAACAACUGAAGAAAAAUUUCAAGUCUCGAGUUGCAGUAUUAAAGGAUUCUAUGGGCAAAAGAUUGAACAAUACAGGAAACGUAAAAAGAAGAUGGAGGAAUACACAGUCACUAUACCAAAAAGAAUUGGUCGACAUUCAACCAUUUCAGGAGGUAGCAUAUGAUCUAGAACCGAUGAUAUGAAGGAAGAAGUCCAAGCUGCACUGAGGGCAUUGGCAAAAACCAAGACUACAGGAAUUGAUGGAAUACCAGUUGAGAUUUUUCAAAUGGAUGCAACACUGGAAGCACUUACUCGUCUAGGCUAAGAAAUUUGGAAGACAGCCAUGUGGCCAAACAGCUGGAAGCAAUCCAUAUUUGUGCCCAUUCCAAAGAGAGGUGAUAGAACAAAAUGCUGAAAUUAUUGAAAAAAUAUCAUAUCACACACAAGUAAGAUUUUGCUGAAGAUAAUUAAAAAAUGGUUGCAGCAGUACAUUGACAGUGAACUGCCAGAAAUUCAAGCCAGAUUGAGAAAAGGACAUGAAACGAGGACUAUCAUUGCUGAUGUUAGGUGGAUCUUGGCUGAAAGCAGAGAAUACCAGAAAGAUGUUUACCAGUGUUUUACUGACUAUGCAGAAGCAUUCACUGUGUGCAUCAUAACAAAUUACAGAUAACAUUUCGAAGAAUAAAAACUCCAGAACACUUAAUUUUGCUCAUGAGGAACCUGUACAUAGAUCAAGAGGCAGUCUUUCCAACAGAACAAGGGGAUACCGUGUGAUGUAAAAUCAGAAAAGCUGUGUGUCAGGGUUGUGUCCUUUCACCAUACUUAUUCAAUCUCUAUGCUGAGCAAAUUAUCUGAGAAUCUGGACUAUAUGAAAAAUGAGGUAUCAGGAUCAGAGGAAGACUAAUUAACAAUUUGUGAUAUGCAAGCUUGCUUGCUGAAAGUGAAGAUGAGUUGAAGCACUUACUGAUGAUGAUCAAAGACUACAAUCUUCGGUAUGGAUUACACCUCAACCUAAAGAAAAUGAAAAUCCUCACAACUAUACCAAUAAGAAAAUAUGAUAAAAGGAGAAAAUUUUGAAGUUGUCAGGGAUUUCAUUUUACCUGGAUCCACAAUCAACACUCAUGGAAGCAGCAGUCAAGAAAUCAAAUGACAUAUUAAAUUGGGCAAAUCUGCUGCAAAAGACCUCUUUAAAGUGUUAAAAAAGAAAAGAUGUCACCUCGAGAACUAAGGUGCUCCUGACCAAGUAAUGGUAUUUUCAGUCACCUCAUAUGCAUGCAAAAGCUGGACAAUGAAUAAGGAACACUGAAAAAGAACUGUUACCUUUGAACUGUGGUGUUGGCGAAGAAUAUUGAAUAUACCAUGGACUGCCAAAAGAAUGAACAAAUCUUUUCUUGGAGGAAGUGCAACCAUAAUGCUCCUUGGAAGUAAGGAUGAUGAGACUUCAUCUCACAUAUUUUGGACAUGUUAUCAGAGGGAUCAGGCCCUGGAGAAUGACAUCACGCUAAGUAGAGGGCCAGUGAAAAAGAGGAAGACCCUCAAUGAGAUGGAUUGACACAGUGGCUGCAAAAAUAAGCUCAAGCAUAACAAUGUGAGGAUGGUGCAGGACAGGGAGGUGUUUUGUUCUGUUGUACAUAGGGUGGCCAUGAGUUGGAACUGACUUGACAGCACCUAACAACAACACCAGAAAGCCUACUUAGCUUCAUGCAUUUGUCAUCUUGUACCAGUUGGUUCUGACUCGUAGCGACUCUACGGACAGAGUAGAACUGCUCCAUAGGGUCCAAGAAUGUAAUCUUUAUGGAAGCAGACUGUCACAUCUUCUUUCUUCAGAGUGGCUGGUGAGUUUAAACUGCCUACCUUUUAGUUAGCAGCCCAACAAAGGACUUACCUGCUACACUACCAGGCCUUCCUUUUGCUGUAGGCCACCAUUAUUAUUACAUUACAGAGGAAAUGGACUGCUGUCAAGUUGAUUCCGACUCAUAGCGACCCUAUAGGACAGAUUAGAACUGCCCCAUAGUGUUUCUAAGGAGCAGCUGGUGGAUUUGAACUGCCAGUCUUCUGGAUAGCAGCUGAACGCUUAACCACUGCACCACCAGGUCUCCGAGGAAAUGGAUGGCAAUGGAGUGUCCAAAACCAAAAAAUUACUUUUGUUUUAUUUUAUUUUGACAGCUAUGUGUAGUUUUAAAGGUUGGUUGCUUUUAAAGAAAAAAGUGGAACUGGGCUUCUAGUUCGUAGUUACAUUGCUCUUUAAUGUACUAAUAAAUUACUUAGUUUGAUCCCAUGUACAAAGAUAACAGCAUCUUUUGAAACACAUUUCAAAGAACAUAUUUUGUAUUGCAAAUUAGGUAUCUGUCAGUUUAGAAUUACAAUUUGUUUCUUAGUCUUCAUACUUCAGUGGCAAUAUUUUCUCUUUGUACAAUUAUGGUAGUAUUACAGAUAUGCCCCCAUUUCAAAUGGAUGUGUUAAAACACAAUCUUAAACUGGCUUCUUUAUUCCAAACAAUAUUUCAUACUGAAAAUGAAGAAGGACCCAACAAAUGUAGAAUUUAUUAUGAUAUAGUUGACUUAUGAGUUAAAUCUCAGUAUUUUAUUAAUUACUUUUAAAGUUGCUAUUGCAAAAAUACUAAGGAUUUUUAAAAUUUGGAGCCCUGGUGGCGCAGUGGUUAAGGGCUACGGCUACUAACCAAAAGGUCGGCAAUUCGUAUCCACCAGUUGCUCCUUGGAAACCUUAUGGGGCAUUUCUACUGUGUCCUAUAGGGUUGCUAUGAGUCGGAAUCAACUUGAUAGCAAUGGGUUUGGUUUCAGUUUUAGGUAGAAGUAUUACUGUUUUACAUAAUUUAACGAGCCUCUUGUUACUCAAAUAAAACAUUAACUUUUUCUGUCCUGAGCGAUGAUUGCAUAUCUAGAAAAUUUAUGGGAUAAAAUUUGGAAGAGGAAACUAGAACCUGGCUUCAUUAUGCCUAGAAACCAACCACUCUGAUCUUUUCUUUAGAUCUUGUAUACUCUCCCACUGUCUUUGACCCCAAUCUCCCACCCUGUGUUCAGCACCACUUCUACUGUAAUCCCAUAUAAUAUAGGCUAUGGAAAGUUAAUAAACUCUGUCAUAUUUUCAGUCAAAUCGAAGGGAAAAUAUCACUGUAUUUCAUCGGAUCUAAUAAGCAAUCAAUUUAAGAUACAUCUCAGUUUCAGAGAUGUUAAAAUGUUAGGGGGAAAUCCAUCUCAGAAUCGAUGAAAUACAGUAUCAUGCAUUUCAUUCUAACUUUAUUGGUGAUAUCAGAGCCUUUGUUUCUGAUUCUCUUAAAGUUCUCUUACCUGUUAUAUACAACAGAGAUCUCAACUUUUUUUAUUCUGUUUUUUUAACAAUAUAUGCAGUGUCUUUACUAACUAUAUAUACAGGUACUGGUAUGCUGUGAAGGAGCCCUGGUGGCACGAUGGCUGCUAACCAAAAGGAUGAAGUAAUCAAUUUGGCUAGAGUAGAAGAUUCACACUAGAAUGUAUUUGGAAGUCACUGCUCUCACAGGGAUCACAAUAGAGGGUCACAGACAGAGCUGGAGAAAAAUGUUGACCAAAAUUCUAACUCAAAAAGAAAGGCCAGAUUUGCUGGCCUGACAGAGACUAGAGAAACCCUGAGAGUAUGGCCCCCAGACACCCUUACAGCUCAGUAAUGAAGUCAUUCCUGAGGUUCACCCUUCACCCAAAGAUUGAACAGGCCCAUGGAACAAAACAAGACUAAAGGUGUGCACCAGCCCUGGGGUAGGGACUGGAAGGUAGGAGGGAACAGGAAAGCUGGUAACAGGGAACCCAGGGUUGAGAAAGGAGAGUGUCGACAUGUCAUGGGGUUGUUAACCAAUGUCAUAGAACAAUGUGUGUACUGUUUGAUGAGAAACUAGUUUGUUCUGUAAACCCUCAUCUAAAGUUCAAUUAAAAAAAAAAGUACUCAGAAGUAAAAUAGAGUAUUAGUGCCAGAUUAAAGACUGUCAACUUUUUCUGUGAUGGUACAUCACUAAAGAUCUUCUUAGCAGGCAGUAAUGAGUGUUUUAAGAAGGUUCAUCUGCCAGUUAUUAAAUGGCUAUUGAUAUAGUCUUGCUGAGUAGAAAUACGGUCUGAAUCAAGAAUUGAAAAAAUACAGAUGCAAAAAUCAUUGUUAGGGAAGAAAAGACAUAUCAUGAGGAAAGAAAGAGAGCAGCCAAACAUGAUUCCUGACUAGUAGAAUCAUGGUACUGGUACAGACAUAGGAGAAACAGGUUUAUUAGACCCAAGUUUUUUAGAGCUUUUGAGUUAGAGCUGACAGUAAGGUAUGUAGGUAGAAAUAUCCAACAUCCAGCAAGCAGCUAAGAAUGUGAAUCUAGAACUCAGAGGAAAGACUCACAUUCUCAGAACACGGGAAAGAGAACAUUGCAGAGGAACCCAAGAUAAGCUUGGGAAAUGCCAUCAUCUGAACAGUUAGAGACUUGAGUGGGUGGGGACCUGAAACAAAUAAAGCGGUGUCCCAGAAACUAAGAAAUCAAAGAUUUUAAAUAAGGAAAAGGAAGUAAUCUUUAAUGAUGUCAACUGCUAUGGAACUGUCAAGUUCACUUGUAAAAAUUUGUAGGUGCUCAAACAGAUUUUUUGGAUGGUAAGUCUGGUGUGAGGAGGGAAAGAAGAGCCAGGGAAACCCUGAAAAGUAACUAGGUUUAUUGUGCUCACAGUUCCCAGAGGCAGGGAGGCACAACACACCAUGAUGCAGGGCCACACAGGGGUUGCACCCAGAGAAAAAACCCAAACCAAACCCACUGCCGUCGAGUCGAUUCCGACUCAGCGAAGGUAACAACAAAUUAUAGGAAAAGGCUUAUGUGUGGCAAGCAGGGCAGGGUUAGCUAGGUUUUUCUGGUUUCCUGGGGAAUAGGCAUUCUUGAAUAACUCUGCAAGCUCAGGGGGUAUAGAGGGCUGUCCUGAGUUGUUAGGUACCUGGCCCUGGGACAAUUAGGAUGGGUGCAUAGUGGCCCAGGAAUGUGAGAACCUGAUGAGGGGAGUGGUUGGAGAGUGGAAUUAAUCAGCUGCUCAAGAAGGUGAACGGACUAGCCUCCAGCCAGGGCCUCAA